AUGGUGAAGGUGGACGGUCCGGCGCGCCUCCGCUUCCUGCUCUUCGUCACGCUCAGCUGGCUGGGGCCCCGCCCUGCGUCGGGGGCGUGUCCUCGCCCCUGCGCCUGUUACCUGCCCACCGAGGUGCACUGCACUUUCCGCUACCUGACCUCCAUCCCCGACGGCUUCCCGCCCCACGUGGAGCGUGUCAACCUAGGGUACAACAGCCUGGUGAGGUUGGCAGAGACGGACUUCUCUGGCCUGAGCCAGCUGGAGUUGCUCCUUCUGCAUAGCAACGGCAUCCACAGCAUCCCCGACAAGGCCUUCUCGGACCUGUGGGCCCUGCAGGUUCUAAAACUGAGCUAUAACAAAGUCCGCAGGCUUCAGAGAGAUGCUCUCUACGGGCUCAGGAACUUGACCCGGCUCCACCUGGACCACAACGGCCUCGAGUUCAUCAACCCCCAGGCUUUCUACGGGCUCGCGGCGCUGCGCUUGCUGCAGCUGGAGGGCAAUCAGCUGACCCGGCUCCACGCCGACACCUUCGUCACCCUGCGCUACCUCCAGGUAUUCAAGGUCUCGUCCGUGAGGUACCUGCACUUGUCUGACAACCUCCUGAGCUCCCUGCCUCGAGAGAUGCUCCCCUCCCUGUCCUCCCUGGAGAGCCUCUAUCUUCACGGCAACCCCUGGACCUGUGACUGCCGCCUCUCGUGGCUGGCCGGCUGGGCGCGGGAGAAGCCGGACGUCAUCAAAUGCAAAAAGGACCGGAAUCCCUCCAGUCCCCUGCAGUGUCCACUCUGCACCAACCCCAGGACAGCGCAAGGCCAGCCGUUAGCUGGAGUUCCCGUGGAGGCUUUCCUGUGCGCCCCGCCUGCUCUUGAGGGGUCCUCGGGGGAGAGGAGCCUGGACGCCGUGCUAGGGGGUGCUCCCGAACCCAUUGCUCCCCGGGACUUCACGGCCCCUUGGGGCUCCGUCGCUUUGAACUUGACAGACCAGGCUGGGAAUGAGGCCACCUUGGUCUGCAGCGUGGAAAAGCCCGCAGCCACUUCGUCCACCGCGGCGCUGGCUGCAGAAAACAGCUCCGUGGUCCUCGACGUGGCCUUCACCGUGUCCCUCGCGUGCGACCUCGCUGAAGGUCACAUCCUGGCCGUGUGGCAGAUCCUGGCUGCAUACAGCGACGCCCCGCUGCUGCUGGAGAGGAGCCGCACGCUCCCAGGGGCCCUCGGGGACCCAUAUGGGCAGGUGGCGGCGGGGCCCGAGGACACCUUCACCGGCGUCCAGGCCACGCUCAGGGCCCAGCCCACCUGGCUCCUGCAAGCCCGCGGGGCUCUGCGGCUCGACCGUGCGGCCACCACGCCCGGGACCGCGUGGCUCCGGUGGUCCAGCCAGGCGCGCCUCCUCUCCCCGAGCCCCGAGCCCGCGCCGGGCCCCUGGACCCUGAUCCUCAGCGAGCAGUGCGCGGAGCUGGUGCGCACCGUGCUGGCCGGCCGGACCGUGGCUCUGGACUGCCCGGGCCUCGGCCACCCCGCGCCCCGCCUCGAGUGGCUGCUGGCCGAUGGGAGUCGAGUCAGGGCCCCUCAUGCCAGCGAGGACGGCCGCGUCUUGGUCCGCGGAGACGGGACCCUGGAGCUGCGCGCGGCUGACACCUCGGACACGGGCGCCUACCGCUGCGUCAGCACCGCUUCCCACGACACCGACGUGCGCACGUACUGGGUGACGGUGGUGGACGCCCCCGGGGACGCCCCCGCGCAGGGCCCUGCGCCGCAGGUGGUCUUCCUGGACGAGCCCCUGGACCUGCCGUGCCGAGUCACCACCGGGAGCCCCGACCCCCGCAUCAGUUGGGUCCUGCCCGGGGCCGUGGUGCUGCCCGGGUCCGCUAUGGACCGCCACGUCCUGAAUAACGGCACCCUAAGGAUCACCAGGGUCACGCACAGAGACCAGGGUCUUUACCGCUGCAUCGCGGCCAAUCCGUCAGGGGUGGACGUGCUGACGCACCGCGUCGCCGUCCGGAUCCAGGAGCCCCGGGAACAGCGCAUGGAAACCGAGGGCUCUGGAGUCGAGGCACAGGAGACCCCGCCCGCGCCGCGCCCGGCUCCUGCUCCGGGGGGCGCAGAGGCUGGACGCCCUGUCGGUGGGCAGCGGCGGGGGCGUUUCAGGGAGCAGCGGCGGCAGCGCCUGCCCUCGGUGCGCAGGAUCGACCCCCGCCGCUGGGCCGCGCUCCUGGAGAUGGCCAAGCGGAGAGGCCAGGUUGGGGUGCCCGGGAGCCCCCCGGGAAACGCCCCUGCGCGCAAAGCGCAGCGCCCCACCGCGCCCCGGGAGGAGGAGGAGUCCUCUGGACUGUCCCCUCUGGGGAAGGAAGAGGUGGACCCUGCUGGACCCCGAAAAAUAUCGGACCGCCCCCCAACCAAAACACCCGUGCACGCUGGGGGCAGCCCCCUGGGGAGCGCCCCGGGGCCCCCACUGGGAAAACCCACCCAGCGCCACCUCCCUGGGGCCGCGGCCAGUGUCCAGCGGUUCCCCACAGCGGCAGCCAGCACGUGGUCCAGCGCCCCGCGCCUGGACACCGCCACCCCUGGGUUCUCCCCGCAAGGACGCUGGGCCCAGGCGGCCCCGUCUCAGGCCCACCCGUCCUGGAGCCGCUCCACGCCCGCCCCAGCAUCCACGCCCGCCCCAGCGUCCACACCCUUCGCCCCACGGAGGAGAAUCUGGGGCCAUGGCCCGCUGAGCGGCCGCCACAGAACUCCAGCGUCCCACCGGCAAAGGCACGGCCACCCGACGCCCCUGCCCCGUGUUGGGGAGCAUCAGUUAGGGCGCCAGACGGAUGCAGCAGCCACCGAGGCCGAAGGCCUGGGUUCACCCGAGGUGGCCACGCUGCUUCCCCACUGGCCUGGACAGCAGAAGGCAGAGGACGGCGGCUUCCGGGAGACACCAGCCCGAGAGACCACCCCCGCCGUGGGCCUGCCCUUCGACCCCCGCUCCAGGAAGCUCUUCGAGAGGCCCAGGAUAGUUGGGGGCAGGGCGGCCAGCUACACGGUCCUGGCCCACUCGGACGCCCUCCUGCCUUGCGAGGCCUCGGGGAACCCCCCGCCCACACUCCGCUGGACCCGAGUCUCUUCAGGCCUUGUGCUGUCUGGAAAGAAGGAGGGCGGCCGAUUCCAGGUGCUGGACAACGGGACCCUGUCCAUCCGGAGCGUGGACAUUCAGGACCGCGGACAGUACCUGUGCUCUGCGUCCAACGCCUUCGGCUCCGACCACCUCUACGUCACCCUGUCGGUGGUCUCCUACCCACCCCGGAUGCUGGAGUCUCUGGCCUCGGAGCUCCUGGUACCUUCUGGAAGCACGUUGGCGCUGCCGUGCCGGGCGGAUGGGAGGCCCCGGCCCAGCAUCGCCUGGACUCUCCCCAACCAGACGGUGGUGCCCGAGUUCUCCGACGGGGCCGGGCGGGCCCAGGUGACACGGGACGGGACGCUGGUCCUCCGCGACCUCGGCGUUCCUGACCAGGGCUCUUACCGCUGCACCGCCAGCAACGCGGCCGGCCAGGACUGGCUGCAGGUGGACAUCCAGGUCAUCGCCGCCCUGCCUGUUAUUCUGGAACCAAAGAGGCAGGUGGUGGCGGGGACCUGGGGCCACAGUCUGCGACUGCCCUGUACGGCCACUGGAGCACCCCCGCCCCGCGUGCACUGGGUCCUCCCCGACGGCUCAGAGGUGGGGCCACUGCAGCCCGCCCGGCCCAAGCUGCUCCUGUUCGCCAACGGGACUCUGCAGGUGAGUGACCCCACCUCCUCCGAGCAGGGCACGUACCGCUGCGUGGCCACCAGCCCCGCAGGCUCCGACGCCCGGCUGGUCCUCGUGACCGUGGAGCCCCGAGGGACCCCACCCCAGAUUGACGCGGCCUCCCCAACCUGGACGGAGGUGGACCUGGGGGACAGACUGCGGCUGGACUGCUCGGCCACCGGCCAGCCCCCGCCCCGGAUUCUCUGGCGGCUGCCGUCCAAAGCGGUGGUGGAGGAACAGCACAGGAUGGGCAGCCGAAUCCACGUCUACCCCAACGGGUCUCUGGUCAUCGACUCGGCCACCGACAAGGACGAGGGGGACUACCUGUGCGUGGCCAGGAACCCCAGCGGGGAGGACCUGGUGUCCAUGCACGUGGGCCUGAGACGCGAGGCGGCGCGGAUCGCCGGGGAGCCGCUGCUCAGCCAGCAGGUGCGGCAGGGCGGGGCCUUCCGCGUGGACUGUCCGGCCUCGGGCUCGCCGCCGCCCGACAUCUCCUGGGUCCUGCCCGACGGCUCCGUGGCGCGCGCCCGGGCGGGGGGCCGCCGCGCCCGCGGGCUCACCCUCUUCGCCAACGGCACCCUGCACCUGAGCGGCGUCGAGGUGGCAGCGCAGGGCGACUACACGUGCCACGCGCAGAACACGCUGGGUCGGGACGAGAUGCGGGUGCGCCUGACCGUGGUCCCCGCCGCGCCGCGCAUCCGGCCGGGCGCCGCGCCCGCGCCCCGCGUGCAGACGGGGGACACGGCCGUGCUGGACUGCGAGGUGGCCGGGGAGCCCCCGCCCACGCGCUUCUGGCUGCUGCCCUCGGGAGUGGCCCUCACCGCCUCCCGGGACCGCUACGCGCUGCACGCCAACGGCUCUCUGGCCAUCGGCCGGGUGACCCCGCGCGACGCGGGCGCCUACGUGUGCGUGGCCCGGAACCCGGGGGGCAGCGACGCCCAGACGUACCGGCUGCACGUGCAGGACCCGCCGCAGGACCCCGCGGCCCCCGGGUCGGUGCUCAGGGCCACGGCCGUGCGCCACUCGCGCGCGCUGCUGCCCUGCGCGCCCCGCGCCACCUGGCUGGUGCCCGGCGCCCUGGCCCUGCGCGCGCCCUACCACGGCGGCCGCCUCUCCGUGCACGCCAACGGGAGCCUGGAGAUCCGCAACGUGCGCCCGUCGGACGCGGCCGAGUUCGUGUGCGUGGCCCCGGGCCGGCGCGCGCUGGCCGUGCAGCUGGACGUGCUGGAGCCGGCCCGGAGGCCCAGCUUCCGCAGCCCGGCCCACGAGAAGGUGGUGGCCCGGCUGGGCCGGCCCACGGCGCUGCACUGCUCGGCCGACGGCUACCCGCCCCCCGACAUCCUCUGGGUCCUGCCCAACGGCACGCGGCUGCCCGGGGCCGGCCGGCCGGGCAACGCGUCCCUGGUCAUCUCCAGGACGGCCCGGAGCGAUGCGGGCCGCUACCGCUGCGGCGCCCGGAACCCGGCGGGCUACAUCGAGAAGCUGAUCGUGGUGGAGGUGAGCCAGCGGCCGGUCAUCCUCACGCCCGCGCUGGGCAGCGUGCUCGGGCGCUGGGGCGAGUCCAUCUGGCUGCACUGCGUGUCAGACGGGAGCCCCAAGCCCCGGCUCACGUGGACGGUGCCCCCGGGCGCCGUGCUGGAGCGGCCUGGGCCGCAGGGGCCCUAUGUCCUGCACGAGAACGGCACCCUGGUCAUCCGCGCGGCCCAGGCCCGCGACGCCGGGAGCUACGUGUGCCAGGCGCGCAACAGCGUGGGCCACGCCCGCAUCGCCGUGCCCGUGACGGUGCUGGCCUACCCGCCCCGUCUCACCCGCCGGCCGCCCAGGAGCGUGCUGGCCAGGACGGGCGUGGCGGUCCAGCUGUCCUGCGGGGCACUGGGCGUCCCCCCACCGCUAAUCACGUGGGAGGGGCCGGCGCGAAUCCCGCUGUCCCGGGCCAGGCGGGGCAGCGCCUCGGAGCCGGCCCCCCAGCCUGGGACCCUGGUCCUCCAGGACCCUCAGACGGAGGAUUCGGGAACCUACAAAUGCACCGCCAGGAACUCACUGGGCAGCGACUCCGCGGCCACCUUCGUUCGGGUCGUCUGA